AUGAAGGCCUCAUUCAUCCUUGCUCUCCCUGCCAUUGCCGCCGCGGCUGCUACCCCUCAGAUGGAGGAGCGACAGCUCGGGUCUCUCUUCAACCCUGCCUGUCUGCUCCGAAUCACUGGCAUCAUGGACUGUAUCCCCACCCUUACCCUCAAUAGCAUUGUUGGACUCAGGGAGGUCCUUGAGUGCCCUGUUGAACUUGUUACCAGCAUCACCAACUGUCUCAAUGUCAGACUUCCUCCCGUUCCCGGCACCAAAUAA